CAGUGCUGUAUAUAUAUGGCAUUGCCCCUUCCUCGUGAAGUCACAAAAAAUUUGCGAUGUCUAACCCAACAAGACUUGGUUGAGUCGUCUCUGUGUUUCAUGCACACAUCUUGCUCCGCUGCAGACUCCACCAUGGAAGAUCCCUCCAACCACCGCCGCUCCAAGAAGCACCACCGCCGCCACAACAGCCGCCACCCCGCCGCUACCAACACCACGGUGAGCACGACCACCGGGGAGUCAGACGGGGAGGUGGAGGAGGCGGAGGACGGCGACCCGGAGGUGUGGGCGAGCCUGAACAAGGGGUUCCGGCAGGUGCAGUCGGUGCUGGACCGGAACCGGCAACUGAUUCAGCAGGUGAACGAAAACCAGCAGUCUCGGAUGCACGACAACAUGGUAAAAAACGUGUCCCUCAUUCAGGAACUCAACGGCAACAUCUCCAAGGUUGUCUCUCUCUACUCUGAUCUCAACUCCAAUUUCACCAACGUUUGCCAACACCGCUCCAAAAACCCUUCCAAAUAAAAUCCAGUCAUGUUUCCUUCUUUUUUAAUCGUGUCUGUCUCUCUCUCUAUUUAUGUAUGUGUCUGAUGUUGAAGUUGAAGAUUUGUGAUGGUAAUUUUUGGCUUUGUUUCCUCAUCAAUUGUCAACAAGGACGGUGAAAAGCGAAGCAUACUAUCGUCUUAUUUCCUUCUUUCUACACAUACUAUUACUGUUGUCGACUCUAGUCUUA